UGUUAUUGGUUUGUGUACACGAGCAGUCUUAAUCUUGCCAAGUUUGUCAUUUUAUCAACUACAGUCUACAUCAUUCACAUCAUGCGCUUUCAAAGCUAGCCGAUUCAUUGCGUCAUUCGAUGAGAUGUUUUAUUGCUACUAUUUUUAACCUUAUGAUUUUUUUUAAAUUGAAAAUACAGUCGGCGUAACCGUUCUUUGCGCAUUCAUUUUUGUUUUCUAUGUAAUUUACUUUGUAUUUAACUGCACUCUGCUACAUUUAGAAACCAGUUUGUCUCUUUUUUGCUCGUUUGAAAUGAAAAUCUUAGUUUUUGUUGCUUAAAAAUGAGUGUUGAGUUAUCAAAUUCAGAAGAAAAACCUCAUUGCAGUUAUUCUAAUGAUGCCAAAAGUAGUCUCGAAAAAGACAUUUCUCAGCCGAAAAAGGGCAGAAGAGGUAUCAAAAGGCUUUCAAGACCUCGAAGAACUUCAACUUGUUCAAGCGUAUCAGAACCGACGGAAACAAUCGAUAUAAACGGUUUCGACUCAGAUUCGGAUGAGGAUUCAACUUUUGACUUCGAAGACAAUCAAACCCCGAGGGAAUCUUGGGGUGAUAUACGAAAGAGAACGUCUACCUCCGCCUCGUUCGAUGACUCCUUGCAUUUCGAUGACUCCUUGCUUGGCAGUGGGAAUUUUUAUCUUCGAGAGCUUUCGAAGGAACAUCCUUCUGUCAUUUCGAAUGUUGAAAGUUACACCGAUAGCACAUAUUACGUAAUGAUGCAAACGGACACGAGAACGCUCAGAAGGCUUUUGAUUCGGCAACAAUCAGAAGCACAUCGAAGACAAGAUUUCGAAGAUUCAUUCAAUUCGGACGAUUCCGAUUCAGCGGAUGAUUUGCAGCAAAUGCGAUUCAAACAUAUAGUGAAAGCUAGAGAGGAAAUAUCUGUCAACGAAGACUUCCAGUUGGAAUCUUGGGUCGGCCAAGAAUGUGAGAUAUGUCUCAAGUUUAAAGCCUUAACUCUGCGAAGUUGUUGUAAACACAGCAUUUGCAACGAGUGCAUUUCAAAUUAUGUAGCAACGAGAGUCAAUUCAAGCUCGGAUAAGCGCAAUUUUGAGUGUCCGAAUUGCGAAAAAUUCAUGACAACGACAGAAAUAAUUCUGCGGUUGAAAUAUUCGACUUUCAAAGACGAGUUGAAACUGUUCUACAAAAAGUUACACGAGGCCUCUUUGAAACCUGGUCAAUAUCUGUGUCCCAACUGUGGAACAUUUCUGGACGCUGUAAAAUCAGUCACAAAGCCUGAUAGCGUAAACGAAAGCUUGCGAAACCGAAAAUUAUGUCAUUUUUGCGAGUUGGAAACAUGCGCUAGAUGCAAAUCGCCUUGGCACAAGGGUGUUUCAUGCAAACAGUAUGUUAAAGGCGAGAAAAGCAUGCUUAUAUGGGCAAAGGCAAAGGGUAAAAAAGCUGGUCGAAUGGCAACCAAAUGCCCUGGCUGCAAAAGGUGGUACCAGAAGUCAGACGGAUGCGAUCACAUGACUUGCACGUACUGCAAGACGGAAUUCUUCUACUCGUGUGGGUGUCGCCGCUAUGGCAAGUACUUUGAUCUGCUCGGCUCACACUCGAAUCGGCUGUCGGUUUUUGGAUGUCGCAAUAACUUCCUGAGGAAACAUAAAGUCGCUAGACGAACAAUCAGAGGCGGCAUUCUGGUGGGCGUGGUUACUGUUGUCUCGCCUGUUGCCCUCCCUGUUGCGGCUGUGGGCGGGGCGGCAGUUCUAGUCGCCAUCGGAGGGAUCAAAGCGGGAAAGAAAGUCAGAAGUAUCGCUAAUCGAAAGUGAUACUAUGAUAACAACCUUAAAAUGGUCUCGAAACAGAUGAAAAAAUUACUAUGCUAGUUAAUUAUGAUGCUUUAUUAAAACGAAUGAAAUAAAUUAAGGCAGUUUUCAGCUUGAGCUUUUCUUAGUAUAGCUAUAGAUGUAUUAGCCUAGGUGGCUUGGAGUUCGAUUUUUACCACCAGAAGAACUUCAAGAAGAGCUAUAUU